CAAUGAUCGGCACCGACCGCGCGGAUGGUAUGGUGGUCAUCUCCACUCUCGCGCACACCACUCUGCUCUGCCGCGCACCAAACCAUCAAAAAGUGCUGCAUCGCCAUUGUUGCCACCACAGACCACACCAACCGUUCGGUCCAUCAACAUCCGGCAUCCUCCACUCCUCCACUUACUCCAUUAUUACAUAGUGCCGGCGAUCGAGACCCGAGAGCAAAGCCCCGGAGCGACGGCACGAGCGAUCUAGCCCACGAACGACCAAACACGCGACCACAAGGGCUCAGCCAGCUCGUACCAAUGGCGGCGACGGGCGGCGCGGACUCGGAGGUGCACUUCGACUUCUUCCCGCUCGUCCGCCAGUACAAGAGCGGCCGCGUGGAGCGGUUCAUGAACUUCCCCCCGAUCCCGGCCGGCGUCGACCCCGCCACGGGCGUCGCCUCCAAGGACGUCGUCAUCGACCCGGCCAACGGCCUCUGGGCGCGCGUCUUCCUCCCGCCCGGCGGCCACGACGGCAGCAAGCUCCCCGUCCUCGUCUACUUCCACGGAGGCGCCUACGUCAUCGGCUCGGCGUCCGACCCCAUGACGCACAACUACCUCAACGGCCUAGUCGCCGCAGCGAACGUCGUCGCGGUGGCGCUCGAGUACCGCCUCGCGCCGGAGCACCCGCUCCCGGCCGCCUACGACGACUCCUGGGAGGGGCUCAAGUGGGUGGCGUCCCACGCCACGGCCGCCGCGGCCGACGGCGCGGAGCCGUGGCUGGCCGACCGCGGCGACUUCUCCCGCGUGUUCCUGGCGGGCGGCAGCGCCGGGGGCACCAUCGCGCACGUCAUGGCCGUGCGCGCCGGCGAGCAGCAGGGCGCCCUCCCCGGGUUCGGCAUCAGGGGGACCAUCGUGGUGCACCCUUACUUCAGCGGCGCGGCGGCGAUCGGCAAGGAGGCGACCACGGGGAAGGCGGAGAAGGCCAAGGCCGACGCCUUCUGGCGGUUCCUCUACCCGGGCUCGCCGGGGCUGGACGACCCGCUGUCCAACCCGUUCUCCGAGGCGGCCGGCGGCAGCGCGGCGCGCAUCGCCGGCGACCGCGUGCUCGUCUGCGUCGCCGAGAAGGACGGCCUCCGGGACAGGGGCGUCUGGUACUACGAGAGCCUCAAGGCGAGCGGCUACGCCGGCGAGGUGGAGCUGCUCGAGUCCGUCGGCGAGGACCACGUCUUCUACUGCAUGAAGCCGCGGUCCGAGAGAGCGAUCGAGCUGCAGGACCGCAUCCUCGGCUUCCUACGCAAGUGAAGGGAAGUUCCCGUGAUGGAACAAUUUUAUCGCCAUUGUUGUUCCUCUGUUUGUUUGAGCUCGAGAUAUCGAUCUCUCCCUUUAAUUUGUUGUCCGUCGAUUCUCGACUUCUGGUCUCGCCGAUGCAGUCGACUGAUGUUUAUGUGCUCGAUUCCAUGGCGAGGAGAGCUAGUCGGUUUCUUAGACCAUCUGUGAUGAACUUGUUGUUUUCAACCAUCUUUCCUGGUAGAGGCCGAAAGCAAUGAAUAAAGCUCUUUCAUUUCUUUUA